UAUUAUCGUCGACGUCGUUUCUUAGAAUCAUUUCGUAAUUAGCUGUGUAAUUUUAGCUAAUGCCUUCCGAAAACAAGGCAUUUAUACUUGUAGUUGUUAAUGUAACUUUUAUCCACUUAAAUAUUAUAACGAGUCUAACAAUUAACGAAAAGGAUGUAAAUUCUAUACAGGAAUAUGAAUACAAUGCGAUUUACAAAGAAAACGACGGUUUACGUAGUCGACUAUUGGACAAAAAAAUUGAAUAUCAAAAAUCACAAAUGUUAGAUCAUCUUACUAAUAAUACAGUUUAUGUUGAUGGAAUACCACAUUACGAUGUUAAUACUGCAAAAGAGAAAGAAAGAAUAAAAAAAAUGGAAACCGGUUUUUUAUCUAUGUUGUCUAUGAAAGGUGUCAAAUAUAUAUUCAAAAGAGGUUAUCAUUGGAGGACAUGGAGGGAUAUUGAAAGUGAAGGAAAUAAAACGGUAAUCUGUUACAAAUGUAAAGGAUUAGGCAACACUUCGUGUAAAAAUUGUUUAAACUCUGGUUAUUGGAUAAUGGAAGAAAAACCACCGCCUUGUCCUUACGAAAUACUAUCGGUAUCCAAUAAUAAUCAAAUUUGUUCCAUUUACUUUGCUCAAUGGAAUGAUAUAACAAGUGCCUGUCCUACAUUGAUUAACCUAAACGAUUUGCUAUCGGUAUGCGACAAUCCUUUAGAAACGGAAUGGAAAAUAACUAGUAAAUAUAACGAUUUGGAGUCCGAAACAACACUUGCUGACAUCUGUAAAGGACGGGAAAGUUGUCGUAUUCUGACAUUGUACACGAUAUUACCACAUUCUAUUCUAUUUAGAAUUAUCAAUAGAACAAAUCAUAUAAUAUAUUCAAGAGUUAUGAUGAACGGCCACAGGAAUUAUGCCUGCGUAGAUAAUUGCGGUAUUAUAGACAGAAAAACUAACAGGAUCAUUAAAAAUGAGUCCCCUCUUAUAUUCGAUUUACUAGCAACGAAUUCGAAAUCACAUAAAAACAAAAGGGAGUACAAACAAUAUACAAAUUUUGAAACAACAACUAACCUCAAUACACUGAAAAAUUUAUUUUUCCUAUCGAAAAACUUUAAAUAUUACAAUAGCCGGAGUAAUGGAUUUGGAAAAGAAAGAAGUACGAAUAAUACUACAGUUAAUCCAAAUUUUAAUAUUGAAGAAGUAUUAACAAAAAGUCUUUGUAAGAAAAUAGAAGAAUUAUACAAAGAUAAUAAUGAUUAUAGUGAAACAGUGGAAUCGUAAUUAAAAUGGAUCCGACAGGCUCAUCGUUGACUAUGAACUAUACAAUCUUGAAUAUUACAAGAUUCUAAACA